AUGCCUGUUGCAGCCAGAACUGUAGAGAGGCGUAUAUCAGACAUGGCUGCAAAUAUAAGAGAACAGCAAACUUUUGCAUUAACAAAUGCAACUGUGUUCAGUAUUGCUGCUGAUGAGUGUGUUGAUAUAAAUGACAUACCACGACAAACAGUUGUGGAUCUGUAUGACACUUGGAAGGCUUUUGUUGCAAAGCUGACAGUAUACUUGGUGGAUGUUGAAACUACAACUUUCCGCUACUUCAAGCGUCUGAAGGGGUGGUCAGCACAUCAUUCUGUGAACGUUACAGAGAUUGCAGUGUACAUGCAAGAACUGAAGUCAGAGUUCUCUGACAGAUUUCAAGAUUUCCCGCACACUGGCCCAAGAUGCUGGGCAUCCCUACCAGAAAAAUUUGAUUGCAUGAAGAAGGUUGCCUUCACACUGCUUUCAACCUUUGGAUCAACAUAUCUGCGUGAGCAGAUAUUUUCACACAUGAAAAAUAUCCUUAAUCCUCAUCGCAGCCGACUUACAACUGAUCACUCCGAGGGGUGUGUGCAACUUAAGGUGUCCAGAUAUACUCCCGACAUAGCAACGCUGAGCAAGGGGAAGCAGGGACAGGGAUCACACUAA